AUGGCAGAAGAUCUUGACAUUGAUAAAUAUCUUGCAACUGAAGCUACACAACUACAAAAAGAUCAAGAAGUUGAACGUAUUCUUUCAGCAUUCAAAUUGAAUCCUUUUGACGUUCUUGAUCUAGCUUCAGAUUGUACUGAAAAAGAUAUUAAAAAUGCUUAUAGAAAAAAAUCCUUACUUAUUCAUCCAGAUAAAACUAAACAUCCAAAAGCUCAAGAAGCAUUUUCAUUAUUGAAAAAGGCCGAAACGGAAUUAUCUAAUGAAAAAUCACGACAACUUCUUUUAACAAUUAUUGAAGAAGCAAAGAUAACUUUAAUUAAUGAACAAAAAUUAAAAUCUACAGAUCCAUUUAUAAACACAAAAGAAUUUAAAUUACAAAUUAAACAAAAAACCAAAGAUAUUUUAAUAGAACAAGAAUUACGUCGACGUAAAUUAUUAAAACGUGAAUUAGAAGCACAAGAAACUAGAGAACAAAGAGUUAAUAAUUGGAGAGAUUUUCAAACUAAAAAAACUUCUUCAUCUCAUGGUGGAACUAAAAAGAAAAAAAAAUUUAAUAGUGAAUUUAAACCUCCAAAAGUUUUGGCUGAGGAUCCUUCUAAACCUUAUAUUAAACGUCCUACAAAUAGUUAG